AUGAUGAUCUUUUUAGUUGUUUUGCUAUAGAUAGUAAAGUCAUAAGUUUGUAGUUGUGUUUAAUUAAAAUCAUAAUAGGAUUGUUAAUAGAAUAUAGAAUGUUAAUGGAUGAAAUAGGUUUGUUAAAAUAAUGAGAAUAAAACAAUAGGAUCAUAUUGUAGAUAAUUUGAUAAAUAAAAGUGUUCAUAGAUGUUAGGUUGUAUGUAUUAUGAAGGUUAAUGUUAGUAAUUUACAGGAUGUAGAUCAUUUGAAUAUAGUAAUGAGGAAUAAUGUAAAAGUAUAUAGAUAAGUUGUAUAACAGAUGGUUAGACAUGUAUAGAUUUAGGUGAAUGUGUAUAGUAUGUAGAUAAGAAUACAUGUAAAUAGAAUAUAAGGAAUUAAUUAUGUUAUUGGGAUGGUAAGAAAUGCUCAUUAGCAGAUACAUGUUAAAAAUUACCUUAUGAAAGUGAUGAAUAAUGUAGAAAAGCAAAAUCAUAAUGUACUGUAAAUUUUGGUGAGAAUGGUUGUAUGGAUGGUGGUAAUUGUAAGGAUAUGUAGAAAUAAUCAUAAUGUUAUUGGAAUAAAUCAAUGACAAUAAAAUGUAAAUGGAUAAAUAGUAAGUGUUAUGAUCAUAUAUGUUUAAAUGCUCCUAAAACACUUACAACAGAUGCAGAAUGUGAAUCUUUUUUAUAAGGUUGUACAACUUAAAAAGGUGGUGGUUGUACUACUAGAACUACAUGUAGCAAAGCUUAAAAUUAGAAUGCUUGUAUUAUUGAUGCGAAUAAUAAUUAAUGUACUUGGAUGGAUACAUAUUGCAGUGAUAGAUAUUGUUCAUAAGCAUCUAAAACAUUUACUACCAAUUCUUAAUGUGAUUCAUUUCUAAAAGGAUGUAUUGCUAAACCAGACGGAGGAUGUUUACAAAAUAAAGAAUGUGAUUCUGCUUUAUCUUAAGAUACUUGUUAAUAUGAUAUUCAUGGCAAAUAAUGUGUUUGGAAUAAAACUAUUUGUUAAUUGAAAAUAUGUAAAAAUGCUCCUAUUAUUAAUAAUAUGAGUCAUUACUAUUGUGAAUCAUUCAUUCCUUCUUGUACUAUGCUUAAUAAUCUAUGUGUCACAAAAACAUGUGAUAAUGCCCCUACUAUUAUUACUAAUUGUACAGAAUAUCUUACUGGUUGCAUCUCUAAAUUAAAUGGAGGUUGCUCAAAAUUAACAACAUGUAAUUCAAUCAUUAAAUAACAGGAUUGUAUACAUGACUCAAAUCAAUAAUUAUGUUUAUGGUUCAAUGAUAAAUGUAUUGAUUAAUUAUGCACUGCUAUCUAAAAACCAUUAAAUUAAGAUUGUAACUCUAUAUUACAAAAUUGUAUUAAUGAUUCUAAUGGUAACUGUAUGGAUUAUAGAUGUUCUCAUAUCUAAACUUUAGAUUUAUGUACUAUUGAUUAUUAUCAAUAAAAAUGUAUAUGGAAAUCUGUUUGUUAUUUAAAAACAUGUUCUAAUGCUCCCUAAAAUUUAAAUACCCAUCUAUUAUGUAACACAUAUUUAUCUAAUUGUACUGUAAAUUAACAUAAAAGAGGAUGUAUGGAUAUUACUAAUACUUGCGAAGCUUAUCAAAUAUAAGAAUAAUGUAUUAAGAAAUUAGAUAAUACUUAAUGUGAAUGGUUUAACGAAUAGUGUUUAUCUAAAUCAUGUGAAACUGCUGAUAUUAAUCAAUAUACCACUAUGUAAUUAUGUGAUUAAUACUUAUCUGGAUGUGUUGUUUAAUCUACUCUUAAAGGUUGUAUGAAAUUACCUUAAAAAUGUAAUCUUAGAUCUCUAAGUGAAGUUUGUCUCUUUGAUAAUACCUGUUAUUGGUAUGAAGAUUAAUGUAUUGAAAAAUCAAAUACUUGCUUAAAUACUCCUGAACCAUUUUGUAAUUCAGGUUGUGUUUGGUCCAAUUCAUAAUGUGUAUCUAAUUUAUGUCAUCUUAUACCUAAUCAAUCUCAUUCUAUGUGUAAUGCUAUAAAUAAUACUUGUACUGUUAAUGAAAACAGAACUGCUUGUAUUAAUUUACUACAAAAAUGCUCAGAUUAUAAACAAAGUUACUAAUGUUUUUUAUCUAAAACUUAAAAAUGUUAUUGGAAUGGUACUGAAUGUCUUGAAUUUUAAUGUUCUGAUAUUCCAGAUGAUCCCAUCUAAUUUAAUUCCUUUGAAAAAUGUUAAAACAUAUCUAAUAAUUGUACAGUCAUUCCUUUAUUAAAUUAAACUGGUUGUUUAAAUAGAUUAGAAAAAUGUGAAUCAUAUACUUUUAAUCAAUGUACAUAUACACUUGAAGGUAAAAAAUGUGUUUGGUUAGAUGGUUUAUGUUAAUAAUUUGAUAAAUUAACAUGCUAGAGUAUUGUAGAUUAUUCUAAUUGUGAUUCAAUAUUGUUUCAAUGUAAAUAAUAAAAAGAAAUCUGUGUCAAUAAAACUUGUACUGAAAUUUAAGUUGAAGAUUUUUCAUUAAACUAUUAAAAAUGUCAAAGCUAUGAUAAAAAUUGUUCAAUUCAUGCUAGCUUAAAUAGUUGUAUAGAAAUAUAAAAUGAUUGUAAUCAAUAUUUAAAAGAGGAACAUUGUAUCUAAAGUAAAUAAAGUCUUUGUCAUUAUUAUAAUGAUAAAUGUGUUAAUCGUGAUAUCAUUUAUGGAUGUUCUACAGUAAGAUUAGAAAAUUAUAAUGAUAUUAAAUGUAAAGAAUUUAAAUAAUUUUGUAAACUUAAUUCUAUAUCUAAUGGAUGUGCUGAUACUGGAUGUGUUCUCUAUUAUGGAUUAACUACUUUAAAUGAAUGUGAAACUGUAGAUAAUACAUGUACAGUUAAUGCAGCUAGAACUGGAUGUACUACUAAAGUUUAAUUAUGUUCCUCUUUAGAUUAAAAUAAUUGUAUAAAAGCUUAAGAAGGAUUUUGUGCUUGGGUUGAACCAGAUUGUUUACUUUUUAAUAAUCAUCCUUGUACAUCUAUUACAUUAUUUUAAUAUUCUCAUUCACUUUGCAGUUCUGUUAGUAUUACAUGUACAACUAAUGCUUAAUAAAAUUAAUGUAUCAAUAUGCCAGAAGAAUGUCCUUCAUAUACAUAAUCUGAUUGCUUCUAAUCUAAAAAUUCAUUCUGCUUUUAUAAUGGUAUUUUAUGUGUAAGUAUAAGUACUAUUACAAAUUGUUCAGAUAUUAAAGCUAAUACUAAACUUAUUUGUGAUCGAUAUGAUGGAUCAUAAAAUCCUUAAGCAAUAUGUACUUUUUAAACAGGAAAUAGUAAUUGUACAUCUAGAACUUGUUAAAAUUAUCCAGAUAAUAAAUUUACACAUGAAAAUUGUUCAACAUGGCUAGCUGGAUGUACUCAAAAUGUAGGGAAGACAAGUUGUAUAAAUAUUUAGAAAUCUUGUGAUUUAUAUGUAAUGGAAUCUAAUUGUUUUAAGAGUGAAGAAUCAUAUUGUUAGUUUAAAGGGAGCUGUUAAAAUAUUGAUAAUAAUAUUUGUGAUUAAAUUCCAAGUGAUGAAAGAUGCACUUAAAAUUCGGUGUGCAUAAUAAAUAAUUUAUAAAAAUGUGUAGACAAAACAUGCGAGAAUUACAAUAAUAAUGUUUAUAAUAAAAUACUUUGUUAAUAAUUUAAAACAACAUGCACUAUUUUAAAGGAUUCAAGUAAGUGUAUGACUGUAUUAGAGAAUUGUACAAAUUAUUAGAUAGAGAAUCAAUGCACAAUAUCAAAUAAAGGAAACUGUAUUUGGUUUUAGAAUAAAUGUGUGGAUGCAAGUUGUGAGAAUGUAGUUGAUUGUAAUGGGAAUAAUUGUAUAGUAAAAAGAUAGGGUGGUUGUACAAAUUUAUAAUAAGAAUGUUAAUAAUAUGAAACAAAUAGUUAAUGUAAGAAAUCAAUGAAAAGUAUAUGUUAUUGGAAUGGCAGCUAUUGUGUAGAUUUAAUUUGUAAUAAUUUAAAAGGGAUAGGAUUUAAUAGUUUUAAUGAUUGUGAUAGCAUACUAAAAAGUUGUACAAUAGAUGGAUCUAAAGUGUUAUAAUGUAUGACAAAAAAAGAAUGUAGUUAAUAUAAAUAUGAGAUGGAAUGUAAGGUAGAUUAAAAAGAUAUGGAAUGCUAAUGGAAGAAUAAUAGUUGUUAUUAAAAAUAAUGUACUGUAGUAUAAUUGAAUGGAUAUAAUCAUAUAAAUUGUAUGAAUUAAAUAAUAAACAAUAAAUAGAAGAUAUGUACAAUAAAUGAUAAUGGAAAUGGAUGUAUGGAAUUAAAAUAAUGUUAAUAAUAUAAAUCAGAUAAGAAUUGUAUAAUUGAUAAUAGUGGAUAAUAGUGUGGUUGGAAGAAUAAUGAAUGUAAUUUGAAAUCUUGUGAGACAGCACCAUAAAAUGUUAGUACGCAUGAAGAUUGUUAAAAAUAUGAAAAUAAUUGUACAAUAAAUUUAACAAACGAUGGAUGUGUUAAGAUUCCAGAAUAAUGUUCAUAAAUGAUUGAAACAUAAUGUAAGACAUCUAAUUGUGUAUGGAUUGAUUCAUAAUGUUAAAUUAAAACAUGUUAGAAUGCUCCAGAAAGUUUGAAAUCUGAAUAACAAUGUAAUUCAUAUUUAAAAGAUUGUGGAUAUGUUGGUCAAUAGAAAUGCUAUAAUUUUGAAUGUGAAGAUAUUGAAUUGAAGAAUCAUGAAGAUUGUUAUUAAUAAUAUAAAUGUACAAGUAAUGGAAUGAGAUGCAUUGCUUUAUAAGAAUAAUGUUAUUAUUAUAUUACUUAAACAAGUUGUGUAAUGGAUACAUCUAAAAAAUAAUGUACUUGGGUUGAAUCAUCUAUGUAAUGUUAAACUAGACGUUGUGAUAAUGCUCCUUAAAGUUUAAGUACUAAUGAAGAUUGUAAUAAUUAUUAUACAAAUUGUACAACUAAAGCAGGAGGAGGUUGUUAAAUAUUAUAAGAUUUAUGCAAAUCAUAUACAAAUUAAUAAAGUUGUGUGAAAACUGUAUUUAAUACUUUAUGUGUUUGGGAUUAAAAUACAUGUAGAGAUAAAUCAUGUAUAGAUUUAUUUGGUUAUACUCAUACUUAAUGUAACAUUUAAGAUAUCAAUUGCACUAUAGGUUUAUAAGGUAAAUGUGCAAUAUAAAAUUUAUGUUCAUCUAAAACAUCCUAAGAAACUUGUAUUAUUGGAACAGAUGGACCAUGUUUAUGGAUUAUUUAACAUAAUAUAGGUGGUGCAUGUUAUUAAUAUAAUGAUUGCACAUCUAUUAAAUGGAAAACUGAUUAAUUAUGUAAAUUUAUAUCACCUCUAUGUACAACUAAUGGUGAUAAUUGUAUUCCUAUUUUAAAAUGUUCUUAAAAUAAAAUACCUGCUUGUUUUACUGGAAUUGAUGGAGAAUGUAUUCUAACUAUUGAUUCCAGAAAUAAUCAAGUUUGUUCAUUGUUUAAAAAUUGUACUCAAGCCAAAUUUAAAACUCAUGAAGAAUGUUAAUUGGCUAAUACAAAAUGUACAACCAAUACUAUUGAUUCUUGUAUCUCUUUAUAUGAAAAAUGUUCAUCAUACUAAUUAUUAGAAUAAUGUAAGAGAAAUAAAUUUGGAAUUUAAUAUACUUAAGAUCAUUAUAUUUCUUCAACUGGAAUUUGUGUUUGGGAAUCUGGAAAAUGUAGAGAUUAAUCAUGUUAAGAUUUAUAAGGUUAUAACCAUCAAGAAUGCUCUAAAUAAUUAAUAUCAUGUACCUAUAAUUCUAUUAAUUGUAUUUCUAUUCUUAAAUGUUCAUAAUAUUAAGAUUAAAUCACUUGUUCAACAGCUAUAGCAUCAGAUGGAAUUUGUCUUUGGGAUAAAACUAUUUGUAGAAUUAAAUUAUGUACAGAUAUUUCUUAGCCUAAAUCAUCUAAUGAUUGUCAAUCUAAUUUGAAUUUCUGUAUCUAUGAUGAAACUAAUUUAAUUUGUAUUCCUAAAUCAAAUUGUUCAUCUUACUCUACUUAAUCUAUUUGUUAAUAAGGUGCUCUAACUGGUUAAUGUAUCUGGAACAACAAUAAAUGUGUUCCAUUUACUUAAUGCAAUUUAGCUAAUUCCUCAUAAUCUGUUUGUAUCUCUAAUUCAUACUGUAAUUGGGUCACUAAAAUUACUAAUUAACAAAAUUCCACUAAUACAACUAUAUCAUAUUGUGAAAAUUUUAAUUGUACUACUUGGUACAAUACUAAAUAAAAAUGUGAGCCUUUUCUUGCAUUUGAUUAGUCUAAAUAUAAUUAUUGUAAAUUUAAUAAUAAUACUUGCAUAUCUAUUGAUGAAUCUUAAUUUGAUUCUACUAAUUGCUAUACCUUUAGUAAAUAUUCAUAAACUUGGGAUACUACACUCUAAAAGUGUGUUAUUUGUCAUCAAUCUCUUCCAAAUUCCAAUAAUAGUUCAAACAUAAAUAAUUCUACGGUUGACGACUUUGCAAAUAUUGUAGAAGUAUAUUUAUUAAUAAUUUUGAUUAUAUCUAAUUGA